AUGGACGGGAGAGAAGCAAUGGCAUUUCCAGGCUCUCACUACUAUCUCCAGAGAGGAGGAGGAGGAGCCUUCACGAAUCUCUCUCCUUCCCAGGUCGCGAGUGGACUUCACGCGCCGCCGGGGAUGAGGCCUAUGCCUAACCCUAACGUUCACCACCCUUUGGCCAACAAUCCGGGACCUCAGUUCCCCAUGGCCGACCACAGACUCUCUGACUUCGGACACAGCAUUCACAUGGGGAUGUCUUCUUCUGUUGCGGUGGAGCAGCAGCCGCCGCCAAUGAUGGAGACGCCGAUGGUUAAGAAGAAACGUGGACGGCCGAGGAAGUAUGCUCCUGAAGGUCAAGUCUCCUUAGGGCUUUCUCCCAUGCCUUCUUCUUCUUCUGCGAGUAACAAAGCUAAGGACUCUUCUGCAGUGACUGAUCCAAAUGCUCCUAAGCGAGCCAGAGGUCGUCCUCCUGGUACUGGAAGGAAGCAACGUCUGGCUAAUCUUGGUGAGUGGAUGAACACUUCAGCUGGACUUGCUUUUGCACCUCAUGUCAUCAGUGUGGAAGCAGGAGAAGAUGUUGUUUCGAAAGUUAUGGCGUUCUCACAGCAAAGACCUCGGGCUCUUUGUGUAAUGUCAGGCACCGGAACAGUUUCUUCAGUCACUCUACGUCAACCCGCUACAACAGAGGCUUCUUUAACAUUCGAGGGACGUUUUGAGAUUCUAAGUUUAGGCGGAUCUUACUUGGUGAAUGAAGGUGGUGGACCCAAAAGUAGGACAGGCGGUUUGAGUGUCUCUCUUUCUGGUCCUGAAGGUCAUGUUCUUGGCGGUGGGAUUGGAAUGCUUAUUGCAGCCAGCCUCGUUCAGGUGGUGGCUUGUAGUUUUGUAUACGGAGGAAUUGCGAAGCCUAAUAACACUAACAAGACUAUCAAACAAGAGAAUAAACCAAAGGAAGAGCACGACAACAGCGAAAUGGAGCCAACACCAGCUAAUGCACCAGAAGAAGCUCAUGAGACGCCACAGGACUUCUCAGCUCAGGGAAUGAGUGGAUGGCCUGGUUCAGGGGAAGGUUCAGUCUCAGGCUCAGGCAGAUCACUUGACUCUAGCAGAAACCUACUCACUGAUAUUGACUUGACUCGCGGAUGAUUCAAAAACGAAACAGUAUUGAUGUUUCUUCCUAUUUACUACCACUACCUUCGUUAGUUAUUGAAGCAGCAGCAGCAUAUAGAAUGUGAGUGCUGUAAAUAUCUUUGUUGUAAUGUAGAUUUAUCUGGGAAUGUUAAAACCAGAAAUCUCAGAGGAUUGAGACAGAUCUCUGAGUUCCUUCUAACAUUUGUAAUGUAACAGAAUCCUUCUCGCUUCAGGUUAUUUAUGGAGAUAUUUGACUAUU